AAUUGGAGCAACAUCCUGCUCGUCUUCGUUCCGGCAGGUAUUCUGGCGCCCCGGCUUGGAUGCAGCGAUACUGUCGUAUUCGUUCUUAACUGCAUAGCUAUCGUUCCUUUGGCAGACGUCUUGUGCCGAGCGACGGGUGCCGUUUCAAGUCAUCUUGGAGAGACAACCGGAGCCUUGCUGAAUGUUACUAUGGGGAAUGCCACUGAGGUGUUUAUUUUUCAUGCUUUGCUGCAGCGUCAGUACAUGAUAGUGAGAGCAUCGCUGCUCGGAUCGAUCAUCGUCAAUAUUCUUCUGGUACUGGGACUUGCUCUCAUUGCAGGCGAGCUUAAGUGCCCUGGGCAGAAGCAUAAUGCCACUGCUACCCUGAUGGCCACCGUUAUUCUCAGCCUCACGACCGUGGGUUUACUUAUUCCGGUACAUAUCACCCUUUCCAUCUUGAAGCUUUCGGGCUCUUCCGCUGGGGUAGUACUCCACUUGAGCAGAGGCAUCUCGCUAGUCCUCGUCGUACUAUAUUUCAUAUAUUUGUAUACCCAGCUGCGGGCCCCAAACACAGUUUAUGCCCCUUUAGCAACCUCGACGUUCAAACACCUAACAUCGCUCCCAUUCUUCCUGAAAUUCAUUCCCCCCAUCGCCCUCCUCACCUCGACCAUCCUCCUCUCCCUCACCAGCAGCCUCCUCGUCGACACAAUCGACCACGUCACCACGCACACACCCCUCUCCAAACCCACCGUCGGCCUCAUCGUCCUGCCCCUCGUCGGAAACGCCGCCGAACUCGUCUCCGGGAUCAUGUUCGCUGGCCGCGGACAGAUGGACCUCGCGUUCGCGGUGAGUAUCGGGUCGGCGAUCCAGAUUGCGCUGUUUGUGACGCCGGUCAUGGUGGUGCUGGGGUGGGCCAUGGGGAGGGAGAUGGGGUUGGGGUUUGGCGGGUUUGAGGUGGGUGUUUUGGAGGCGAGUGUAGGUGUGUUCGCGGUGUUGGUUGGUGGGAGGGGGGAUGGAGGGGGCGGAGGGUGGGGGAAGGGAUUGGGCUUGUUGGGGGGAUAUGUUGGUAUCGCGUGA